AUGUCAACUUAGUAUAGAGUUCCGUCUAAUGACAAUUACAUUCGUGACUUAGAAAAUAUAUCUCAAAGGUAUAUAUGAUGUAUAAUGAAAAGAGAGCGCCAUGGAUUAUUUAAUUAACCACCACCUUUAUCAUUGGGGGAUUAAUAUAACGAUGCUUUGAAAAGUAUGCAAUGUUUUCUAAUUAUGAAGGCUAAGGCAAAGAGAAAGCAAUCCUAAUCAAUAAGAAACUCUAAAAAAAGCAUGAGCCUGUUUUGUUUUCAGAACCUGGCUACACAACAUUAAAUGAUCCAUAUAAAGACUAAUUUAAGGCCAAAUAAAUUUACGACAAAGAGAGAGAAUUGGCCAUUAAAAAUCCUAAUAGCUUUAAACCUAAUGACCAUUAGAAAUCUGUGUAUAUAAUUCAACUUAUUCAGCAAACAUUCUGAAUUUGAACACAUGAAGGAGUAUAAUGAUAAAGUCUUUAAAACUCGAAAUUCAGCAGGAAAUGUAGUUACUUAAGCUAGGAACUUUUUGACCAACCCAGCUAAGAAAGGAUUAGGCAGGACAACAACAAACAAUUUGUUUAGUUAGAUUGAAUAUAUUCCUGAUCCUUAUGAUAGAUAGGAAGAAAUGGAUAGAAAGGAGAGAAUCCAACAUAAGAGCAAGCAAUUACCCGGAACAACAAGAUUUGUCACAACCAGCCAUGGAAAUAGACCCUUUACUGCAGACGGUAUCUUGUUGGAUGGAGCAGGAUAUACAAUACGUAAUAAAUUAAUAACCUUUUAGAGAGAAAGCCACCUAUUUAUAAAGGAAACCCCUUUAGACCAUCCAACUAAAAUAAAAAAGGCUUUUAAGGAACUUUUGAAGUGCUUCAAUAUAUGGAGGAAGGGGCUCCAAAUAUAAAAACAAAAUAGAAUACAUUCGAAAAAUUGAGUGCUACUUAAACUUAUGAAAGACCUUGGAGACCAAAUUCUAAUGGAACGUUUGCGAGACCUUGUCCUAGUGUGUCUUAAUAAUUACGAAAUAGAAGUGCAGGAUCUAAUUAAAGAUCAUGA